CAAACAAGCCCUUAGGGGGAAUUGGUAACCGAAGGCAGGCGAGGGCUAAGUUCAUGAAUGGAUUCUGAAAAAGGAGAUAGAAUUACAGAGAGGAAAAAGGAAAGAGAUAUCAACGAAGGAUUCCAUUUUCUUCGGAUUGAGGCCAUUUGAUUUCAUCUUCAACAGAGAGGUUUCUUGAACUGAGAACGAUUCCUCCAGGAGAAGAGCUGAAGGCAGAAAGCUUUGGUGGAGAUCUUUCGUAAGAGAAGAAUACUUCAUUUACCGAUCAGAUCUUCUUCUCUGGAGAGCCUUCCGUUUUUUCUGAGGUAAUCGAGCUCCAAAUUCCAGAUCGCAGUAGCAGUUGUUGAAGUAGUAACCGUGGAGCAGCGGCAGUCCAGUUUAAGACCAGACGUGAUUCAAACCGUUGACAGAGACGUGCUUCUCUUCAUUUAGCUGCAAAAGAUCUGUUCAUCAAGCAGUAUCUCUUCAUUUAGCCCAAUUUCUACUUGGCAUCAGAUGAGAUGAUAUUCUGCAAGAUUACUUUUUCUCAUUCAAACCCAACCCCAGCUCCAGUGAAAAGGUUCAAUGUCUGCUUCAACGGUGUCCAUCACGGCCACCCCUGCGACCACCCGGAGGAGGCCGGUUCUCUCAGGGGAGAAGAGGUCUGGUGCUGAACUUUUAACCGGAGAAGGGACCACCGCCGUCAGUGGAGGCCUAUCCGGCAGAGAUUUGAGCCACUCUAUUCGAGGAGAAGAAGUUCUAGAAAGAUCCAGAGAUGCUGUCCAUAUCAAGAAUGCAUUUCCCUCUAAUGCAACUGCGGCGAUGCCUAGUCGCAGGCCAACCAGAAAGGCCUCAUUGAAACCGGAAAAGCCUCGCUGGCAGACCGUAAUGAGCAUCUUCACUAAGAAUUUCUUGCUAGUGCUCACUCUGUUGGGUUUGAUCCAUUUGAUAAGAAAAUUGGCCAUUCCCUCGGGUAAUAACAUGGGAAAUCAUCAUCCUUCUUCUUCGGUUUCGUCAGUUGUAGAGUUCGAGGGAAGGAUAGCAGAAAUGGAAGGAUUUCUAAAGACCACGACAAAAAUGAUGCAGGUUCAGGUGGAGAUCGUGGACAGAAAGAUUGAGAGUGAAAUUGGGGGUGUUAGAAGGGAUAUGAGCAAAGAAAUAGAAGAGAAAGGUGUGGGAUUGGGUAAUGAGUUGAAGAGAAUUGACGAAAGAACGACAAGGCUGGAAAGAGGGUUGUCGGAGUUGGGUGCGAAGGAGUGGGUAGCGAAAGACGAGUUUGGGAGGUUCUUUGAGGAAUUUACGAAGAAGAAAGGAGGUGAAGAUGGAGAUGUGAAUUUGGAUGAAUUAAGAGCAUUGGCAAGGAAGAUUGUAGGGAUUGAGCUAGAGAAGCACGCUGCUGAUGGGCUAGGUAUGGUAGAUUAUGCACUAGGAUCAGGCGGAGGUAGGGUAACGAAGUACUCAGAAGCAUUUGUUGGGAAAGGAAAUAGUUGGUUCUUAUUUAACGGAAAAAACGCUGUGGAUGAAGCAGCGAAAAAGAUGCUAACUCCGAGUUUUGGGGAACCUGGGGAGUGUUUUCCAUUAAAAGGUAGCAGUGGUUUUGUGGUGGUUAGGCUCCGAACUGCUAUUAUUCCAGAAGCUGUAACUCUAGAGCAUGUUGCCAAGAGUGUUGCAUAUGACAGAACAAGUGCACCAAAGGAUUGUAGAGUGUCUGGGUGGUUGCAAGGAAACUCAGACAUUGAUGAAGAAAAGAUGUUACUUUUGACUGAGUUCACUUAUGAUCUGGACAAGAGUAAUGCACAGACUUUCAGUACUGUAUCGGAAUCAUCAUCGUCGUCGUCUUCGAAUCUUGUUGAUACUAUCAGGUUUGAUUUUGCUUCCAACCACGGAAGUUCUUCUUUUACGUGCAUAUAUCGUCUUAGAGUACAUGGACAUGAACCUAGUUCAUCUCUUUAUGAUGGUCACCCUGGAAUCUUAUAAGGCAGGAAGGCAGGCAGGCAGGCAGGUUCAAUUGUUUUGUUUUAGUAGAAGAUAGAGUUCUAAUAUUAUCAUGUAUUGUUUUAGAUGUCCAGUUUGUGGGUGUAAAAGAAAGAUUUUUAAUAUUUUGUAAUGUUAACAACUGAGUUUCUUUCUAUAUA